GUUAACUCCGUCUAUGUCCGCUGUCAUUUGUUUUGGGUUAAUAUCGAGGGAGAUGAGCUGCUGGUUCGCAUUCGACGAAGCUGUGGUCCGAUGAGAACGUGAGAGGCGGGCGAGGGAAAGUGUACGCGCCUCGGCGACCCAAAGGGCCCGGAUUCAUGGGGCGAGAACAUGCCAGGGACAUUUGGCAACGAUUUAAUUGAUCGCCUCUGAAGAGAGAAGACGCGAGGGAAGACAAGGAAAAGACGCAGGACUGACCGCGAUUGUGCGAUGUUCCGAAACUUGACGCCGGUCGCUAUUUAUUGGGCGAUGAUUCUUGCCUGUCUAUUUACCAUCCUCACUGCCCUCGAUGAAGCUGCCAGUACAGUAACAGAGAGUGUCACUCCGGAGCAGAAUACAACAGCCAAGCUGGAAAUUAUUGUCUCCCAGCAUCCUCAGGGCAUUGAAGCUGGCAGUACGCCGUCACUGUUGUGCAGACUGAGCGAAUCGGGCUACAUAUGGUGGACCAUGAGAGGACAAAAUCUGACGACCAUCAGGGAAUCCGAAUUCGAAGGACGCGUAGAUUUGAAGAAGGCCAGCAGGAACGAUACUGGUGACUACACCUGCAUGGCUAGGACCAUAACCGGAGAGUCUCUCGAAACCACGAUUAAUCUCCGCAUCAUCGAACCUGGCAGGGUUCUUCCAACACAGGAUGUCAGGAUGAACGUUCUACAGCCAGCGAACCUAACGUGCCAAAUGCAAGGAUAUCCUUUGUCGAACUUCACUUGGGUGAAGGGAAAUGACACGGAAACCAGUGAACACCUGAGGACUCUCAUGACCGUUACGGAAAUCAACGAGACUCACGUGGAAACGUCGUUAAAGUUCAAAGCAGUCACUAGGAAGGACAACGGGACAUACGAGUGUCAAGCUAAUGAUUACAACCGAGUUAUUUCUGGCCACGUGAGCCUAUUCGUGACCGAUGUGCCACAAGUGAGCAUCGACUUCAUGAAAGCUGUAGGAGCUGGCAGUAUAUUCCUCAACUGGACGGUGAACGAUGGCAACGAACCGGUGACGGAAUAUUUUAUUGGGUCCAUAAAAAACGGCACUGCUGAAAGAAGAUUCUACUCCGAACGCAUCGGAGGUGGGAACUCCAGUUACGUGCUGAAAGGCUUCGAGAGCAACACAACUUAUCAGAUCUCUAUAUCGGCUGUAAACGCCAUUGGAACCUCGCAUAUCAGUAAUCCUCGAUGGAUCACGACUUUAGAGAAAGAUCCCGAGUUCGUCCCGAAGGUGACGGUGAACGGAGUGACCACAGGAUCCAUUACCAUUGGAUGGACCGUCCCACCACCAGAGCUACGGGAGCAUGUUCAGUAUUACAAUUUAAUAGCAACCAACGGCGACCAGAAACGAGAAGCUAUGUAUCCAGCCCAACCACGCACUUUCUACGGCUUCGUAGAUCUUGAAUCCGCGACUACUUACAAAUUCAAGGUAGCAGCUUGCAGCGAAUACACCAAGUUAUGUGGCAACUGGAGUGCCGAGGUCAACGGAACAACUAUGGAUGGAGUUGCCAGUCCACCGCAGAAUCUCUCGAUCACCUGCUCAAUAGAUACAGCCAGGAGGACGAGUUUCAUCUCGCUUUAUUGGGCCCCACCUGCGAGGCCGAACGGCUUGAUAACGCGUUACAAAGUCGAGCUGAGUGGAGUUUCGCAUUUCCGCAACGACAUGGGUCGCUACGACAUCGAUCAUUGGGGCCCCAAGGGGAAGAGCGUCGACGUAAUGAAGAUCAACAACACCCGUUUCGAGCAAGUCCCGGCUAAUACCAAUUACACGGCCCGGGUCCACGGGAUAACGCGAGCUCGCAGUUCUGGAGAGGAGGCGAUCGGUACCUGCACGAUGCCGGUAACCACACCUGACAAAGAGAGCAUGAACAUGCGGACCUGGAGGAAGAUCGAGAACGAGGGUAGACAACUGUUCCAGCUAUAUCUGCCCAGGAUCUCCGAGCGAAAUGGACCGAUCUGCUGUUACCGGAUCUUCAUGGUGCGACUAGAGGCCCAGAGAACCGUCGCCGACCUGCCACCCCCCGAGGAGAUCGACGUCCUCUCCUACCAGUACGCCCACGCCUCCCAGAAAGGAGGAGCCUACGUAGCGGAGACCUUCGACAGCGACCAGCUCCUUCCUGAGAUCUUCCUGGGAGAUGGGGAAGUAUUCAACGGCAGCUCCGCCUGCGACAAAUGCGUAGGACUCAGGCCCCGGGUCAUCCCUCCGCUUCUGAACCUCGUUCCCGAGGAGCAUCCACCUCCCACGGUCAGCUCGACCACCCCGACGACACUCGCGCCAAUAGUUACGACUUCUACCACCAGAGCGACUACCGUAGAGUCCACGACAGGGACGUCGACGACAACCUCGAAGCCCACUACUUCUGAGCCCAAGGUGCCGACGAGCAACGUCACCGGUGCACCAGGAAGGAGGAAGCGAGCCGAUCCUCUGGUUCCCGAAUUCGACCUGGAAGCGAGAUCUGAGAUCCUUCCAUAUCCCCCGACUGAUGGCUACUUGGACCCCAAGUCCAACUAUACAGGAUUCAUCGAAGUCAUCGUUUACGGGAAUCAGAAGGACGAGUAUCUCCCAGCGUAUAGUGGAUACUUCAGCCCUCUUUACGGUGGACUUAGCUCGAAGUACAUAACCGAGCAAGACGUCUCGACUCUCGGGAUCAUUAUUCAGAUCUCCGUCUCUCUAGUGCUGAUCAUGGUGGCAUUGAUAUUAGCUUUCUGCGUUUUGAAUAAGUGCACUAAGCGCACUCGCCAGAGAGGCGGGGAGAUCAUCACGCUAAGGAGUAGCUUCAGGCACUUCUGCAGGAACCUACGAGGCCGUCACCAGCUGGUGGCAGCCAGUCCUCCGGACAUACCGCCAAUUUCAAAAGCCGAGCUCCUGCAAGCCUACAUAGAGCGUCACCGGGACUCGGAUUACGGUUUCCAGCACGAGUUCGAGAUGCUGCCAGACCGCUUCACCGACAGGACGACCCGGGCUUCGGAAGCCCGGGAGAACCUCUUCAAGAACCGCUACCCGGACAUUAAAUGUUACGACCAGACCAGGGUGCGCCUCGCCCAGAUGGACGGGAUCUGCGGCUCGGACUACAUAAACGCGAACUUCGUCCUGGGCUACAAGGAGCGGAAGAAGUUCAUCUGCGCCCAGGGUCCUAUGGAGAACACCGUCUGCGACUACUGGCGCAUGAUAUGGGAGCAGCACCUGGAGAUCAUCCUGAUGCUGACCAACCUGGAGGAGUACUCGAAGACCAAGUGCGCCAAGUACUGGCCAGACAAGAGCGAGUCGAAGAACUUCGGGGACAUCACCGUGGAGCACAUCGGAGAGAGGUCGUACUCCGACUACGUCGUCCGGGACCUGAAGAUGACCAGGACCGGGGAAAGGGACGUUCGAGUAAUCGUCCAGUACCAUUUCCUUGUCUGGAAGGACUUCAUGGCCCCGGAACAUCCCCACGCCAUCCUGAAGUUCAUCAAGAGGGUCAACGAGGCCUACUCCUUGGAGAAGGGCCCUAUCCUGGUGCACUGUAGCGCCGGGGUUGGCAGAACUGGCACCCUGGUCGCUCUGGACUCCCUUCUUCAGCAGCUCGCCGAAGAGAACCAGGUCUCCAUCUUCAACACCGUUUGCGACCUCAGGCACCAGAGGAACUUCCUCGUGCAGUCCCUUAAGCAGUACAUCUUCAUAUAUCGGUCGCUCAUGGAGAUGGCCCAGUAUGGCGACACUGAAAUUCCCAUCCAGCAGCUCAAGGCCACCGUUGAGAAGCUCAGGCUGAGAGACAACGGCAAGGAGAAGUACAGAAUGGAGGAGGAAUACGAGAAAAUCAACUCCGUCCUCGACGACCGGAAGUCAUUCUCGGUGGGCUGCGGGGAGGAGAACAAGCUGAAGAACCGAAGCGAGCACGUAAUUCCCUACGACAGGAACCGCGUGAUCCUGACGCCGGUUCCCGGUAGGGAACACUCGACGUACAUAAACGCCUCCUUCAUAGAAGGCUACGACAAUUCCGAGACAUUCGUCAUCACGCAAGACCCUCUCGACACGACUGUCGCGGACUUCUGGCGAAUGAUAUCGGAGCAGUGCGUCUCGACGAUAGUCAUGCUGUCCGAUCUAAACGACGGUCCCAGGAAGUGCCCUCGCUACUGGCCCGAAGAGGAAGCGGCCUACGACCACAUAAACGUCCGUUACAUCCAGAGCGAGAGCUGCCCGUACUACACGCGCCGCGAGCUUUGCGUCUCCAACACGAAAACCGACGAGAGCGCCGUCGUGGUCCAGUUCCAGUACCACGGGUGGCCCACGGUGGAGGGCGAGGUGCCCGAGGUGACCCGGGGCCUGAUCGAGCUCGUCGACCAGACCCUCGCCAAUGAAGGCGUCGAGUCCAGCGGACCUCUCGUCAUCCACUGCAACUACGGCUCCGACAGGAGCUCCAUGUUCGUCGCCCUGAGCAUCCUGGUCCAGCAGCUGCGCACCGAGAGGCGCGUCGACGUCUUCACGACGACGAAGAAGCUGCGAUCGCAGCGCCACGGCAUGAUCAGCACUUUCGCCCAAUACGAACUCCUCUACCGUGCCAUUAUGAAUUAUUCGGACUUACACAAUCUUGCCGAGGAAGAAGCGGCCUCCUUAUGAAGGGAGGCGGACGUAGCACCCGAAGAGCAUUGAGCACCUCGUGCGGCUUCAUCUAGUGAUGACUAAGUCAUUAAAGACUGGCCGAAUCGUCUGAGCGUGGAUCGAGACGCUCUCGAGGACGAACCAAAGAAUGUUCAUUGCGAAGCUGACCAUGGUAGCCGUUUAAUGUUAAUGACGCGCGGAAACCGAGGACGCAGCGCCUCCCCACCGAUCCAAAAUGGCGCCCGGCGUUUCCUCCUCGGGUUUAUCCCUCCGCGAAUUUAGUGAUUAGAUCGAUGUAAGGCGAUCGGUAACCCCGAUUUCGAGAAUGCCGCGACUAACGAUCGUCCUUAAAAUGGAGAAAAACGUGCAUUCGCCAGCGGUCGCUCUUCCCGCUGGUCCACAGACUUUGGAAGUUUCUAGGCUCUUAAUUAACGAGUUUUCCUCCAAUUUUCGCCCCCUUGAUAUGGGAUAUCUCUUGGUCAAGGGGGUCGAUUCCGUAUCUUCGGCGAGAGUGCUCGCUUCUUGCCCUGUCAUCUCACGCGAGUUUAUUCGCCCCCCCGUCUUCUCCAAGUGAAAAUGCGAAAUCCCUCGACCGAAAGAACUCGGAGUUUCUGGUCGAGUGAUCUCACGCGAACUAGCUCGCAUUCUUACCACGGUAACGGUUACAGAAUCGCGGGAGGUACCUCGCUAUCGGGAUUUUCACUAGAUUCGAGUUAUAGAAUCGACCCCCCCAGAAGGGGGCGCUCCUCUCGCGUUUCCAGGGGCGGCAAUUAUUACUCUCUGUGGUAUUAGGAUGUAUAAUAUUGGCGUUAAUUACUGGAUACUCCCCAUGUGUAAGAUAUACCGAAGUUUUUUACCUUUUAUACGUGUGUGAUAUUACGGAGAAAAGGAGGUUGACUCGAGUCUGAAUAUUCACUUUACUAGAUCGCUCUCUAGAUGGUAUCAUCAAAUCACUCGACUGCUAAAUAUGCCCAUUGUCUAGAUUUAUGGAAAUCUACCAUACCUAGGGACUUCUAGUUACUUUUCAUAUCUUGGCUUUCCGAUACAGCGCUGCCAUCGAGGGCAUAAGACUGUUUGCAAAACUGCCCUGAACUUCGUUAAUAAUGCCAAAUAGCCUCUACAUCGUUCCCACAUUGCAUUGUAUCAAGAGACUCGUUAUCUUAAACUCUUAUCAAAAGUAGGACGAUAAAGAUCGUCGGUGAGAUGUAUAUCCCAAUGCUCAAAAGUUGGCGCCCCUGUUCGCCGAAAGUUCCCUCGAUCCGACAUGUUGGAAUCAUUGUGGCCAACUUAAAAAAAAAAAGAAAAGAAAAACAACCCCUGGCCCCACAACUUCCAAAGUCUGGCGAAAGAUUUCUCGCGGCGGGAGGGCGCACGACUUGGCAGUGAUUAUAUUUUAAUUGCGUUGCUCGUUUAGCGUUUAAGUUAAUGCGAUAUCCGCCUGGAAACCGCCAUUCUCGUAGGGGAAGUAUUAAGCGACUUCAGCAGUGCGCCAUUAAGGGACGAGAUCAGGAGACAGAAAGGACAAACCGAAUUGUCCUAGAUACAAAGUUCCGUUAAAAAAAAUUUGAUUGUAAGCCACUGCUUAGGAAUCGCACCUCCAGCGUCCGCAACCGCAUAAAGCGCGAUAUAUUUAAUAUUGAAUUUGUACGGAAAUCCACGCGACUCUAGUAUAAACGUCGUGCAAUAUUUCCGCUAAGCGGCGCUGAAGUCCCCUGGAUACCAAUAUGGCGGCAGCGGCGUUUCUCUAAGAAACGGCGCGAGAUUCAAACUCCACGUCGGAAGGAGCUCCGUUUUUCCGUUUCCCGUCGAUGCGAGAAGUAGCUAAUAUUAAUUCCAGUGAUUUUUAUAUAGUAUUGUCCCGGUCCGUGACCCGCUCUCGUUGCCUGCGUUGGAAAAAUGGUCAAUGUUGUGCUGUUAUAUUCACGUAAACGUAGCACAUAUUUAUCGGUUAUACUUUGUACAUUGUCGCAGGAAUAUAGUGAUACAAUGACGAGUACGAGUGAAUGUUUUUUUUUUGUUUUUUUGUUAUACAAUAGCUACUUCGUCGGAGAGAAAGAGAGCGAGAAUGUGAAUGAGAGAGAGAGAGAGUAUAUAUAUACAUAGCGAUAGCAUAGUAUUUUAUUUCGCCUAAUAAGUACUCGUAGUAUUUUAUUUUGCCUAAGACCGUAGACACACGCUUUUUAUACGGAAGAAAAAUUUAUAAUAAACAAGAGGGAGGAGCGCUGUCGCAGCUGGAAGUCCUAACUAGGUCUUGUGCUAACACAUUUACAAAAUAAACGCUCGCAGCUUUAA